CAGGGUGGGCGCGCCUGGCCUGCGGCCGCGAGUUGGCUACACCGGCGUCAGUGGUGGCCCCGGGACCCCGGGUCCCCGCGUCCCCGCGUCCCCGCGUGGAGUCUUCGCUCACAGCUUCCACCUCAGGCCAAGAUGAGGAGCCGUUCAGAGUAGCUGCCGCCUCCGGGGGACCCCGGCAUUCUGGGCAGCCCAGCUGGUGGUCUGGACAGAGUCCUGCUGGCUGGCUUCUGCUGACAGGAACCAUGGCAGAGGCCGGGGAUGGGGCCCUAUCGGUGGCCGAGUGGCUGCGGGCACUGCACCUGGAGCAGUACACCAGGCUCUUUGAGCAGCACGGACUGGUGUGGGCCACAGAGUGCCAAGGCCUCAGCGAUGCCCGCCUGGUGGACAUGGGCAUGCUGCUCCCCGGCCACCGCCGCCGCAUCCUGGCUGGCCUGCUCCGAGCCCACACGCCCCCAGCCCCUGCACCCCGCCUAACCCCACGGCCCGUGCCCAUGAAGCGUCAUGUCUUCCGCUCACUGCCUGUGCCCACCACUCCACCGGAGCCACUGCCCAUGGCUGGAGAGGACGAGGGGCUACCCACUGCCCCACCCAUCCCACCACGGAGGAGCUGCCUUCCACCCACCUGCUUCUCCACCCCAUCCACGUCUGCCCCAGACCCUGUGCUGCCCCCGCUGCCUGCCAAGCGGCAUUUGACAGAGCUCAGCGUUCCGCCCGUGCCCCCUCGCACUGGGCCCCCCCGCCUGCUGGUGAGCCUUCCUGCCAAGGAAGAAGAGUUACUGUCACCGCCACCAUCAUUCUCUCCCCAGCCAGAGCCUGAGGAGCCCCUGGCCACCUUCCCCCGGGGGCCUCCCCAGCCCCCAUCUCCACCUCCCAGCCCCCCAGAGAUUCCCCCGAAGCCUCUCCGCCUGCUCCCGGAGUUUGAUGACCCUGACUACGAUGAGGUCCCAGAGGAGGGGCCGAGGGCCCCAGCUGCCGUGAUGACCAAGAAGGAGGAGCCCCCAGUGAGCCAAGUCCCUCGGGCCGUGCGCGUGGCCAGUCUGCUGAGCGAGGGGGAGGAACUGUCCGGGGACGACCAAGGGGAUGAAGAUGAGGAUGACCAUGCCUACGAGGGCAUCCCCAAUGGUGGAUGGCACACCAGCAGCCUGAGCUCAUCCUUGUCCAGCAGCCUCCUGAUCCCUGAUCUCCCACCGCACCCCAUGGACGGGCUGCCUAUGGGCCCCACCCCCAGCCCACCAGUCAUCAAGGCUGGCUGGCUGGACAAGAACCCACCACAAGGAUCUUAUAUCUAUCAGAAGCGAUGGGUGAGACUGGAUACUGAUCACCUGCGAUACUUUGAUAGUAACAAGGAUGCCUACUCAAAGCGCUUUGUCCCUGUGGCCUGCAUCUCCCGAGUGGCUGCUAUUGGGGACCAAAAGUUUGAAGUGAUCACGAACAACCGGACCUUUGCCUUCCGGGCGGAGAGUGAUGUGGAACGGAAGGAGUGGAUGCAGGCCCUGCAGCAGGCGGUGGCUGAGCAGCGUGCCCGGGCCCGACUGUCUAGUGCUUAUCCAUUGGGUGUUCAAGGCUCAGAGCCCCCUGACCGCGCCGGCAGCCUGGAACUACGUGGCUUCAAGAAUAAACUCUAUGUGGCCGUGGUUGGGGACAAAGUGCAGCUUUACAAGAAUCUGGAGGAGUACCACCUGGGCAUCGGCAUCACUUUCAUUGACAUGAGCGUGGGCAACGUGAAGGAAGCAGCGGACCGACGCGGCUUUGACCUCACCACCCCCUACCGCAUCUUCAGCUUCUCGGCCGAAUCGGAGCUGGAGAAGGAGCAGUGGCUGGAGGCCAUGCAGAGAGCCAUUGCCGAGGCCCUGUCUACCUGGGAGGUGGCCGAGCGCAUCUGGGCCGUGGCCCCCAACAGAUUCUGUGCUGACUGCGGAGCUGCCCAGCCUGACUGGGCCUCCAUCAACCUCUGUGUUGUCAUCUGCAAGCGCUGUGCAGGGGAGCACCGUGGCCUGGGCGCUGGUGUCUCCAAGGUGCGGAGCCUGAAGAUGGACAGGAAGGUGUGGACGGAAACACUCAUCGAGCUCUUCUUACAGCUGGGCAAUGCUGCUGGGAACCACUUCUGGGCAGCCAACGUGCCGCCCAGUGAGGCUCUGCAGCCCAGCAGCAGCCCUGGUGCCCGGCGGUGCCACCUAGAGGCCAAAUACCAUGAGGGCAAGUACCGACGCUACCAUCCGCUCUUUGGCAACCAGGAGGAGCUGGACAAGGCCCUGUGUGCCGCAGUCACAACCUCAGACCUGGCUGAGACCCAGGCGCUCCUGGGCUGUGGGGCUGGGGUCAACUGCUUCUCGGGGGACCCUGAAGUCCCCACGCCCCUGGCUCUCGCCGAGCAGGCGGGACAGACACUGCAGAUGGAAUUCCUUCGAAACAACCGGACCACAGAGGUACCUCGGCUGGACUCAAUGAGGCCCCCGGAAAAGCACUACUCAGUUGUCUUGCCAACUGUGAGCCACAGUGGCUUCCUCUACAAGACCGCUUCUGCCGGGAAGCUGCUACAGGACCGCCGGGCCCGGGAAGAAUUCAGCCGACGCUGGUGUGUGCUUAGCGACGGGGUCCUGAGCUACUAUGAGAAUGAGCGGGCAGUGACCCCCAACGGGGAGAUUCGGGCCAGCGAGAUUGUGUGUCUGGCAGUGCCCACUCCCAACACCCAUGGUUUUGAGCACACCUUUGAGGUGUACACAGAAGGAGAGCGGCUGUACCUGUUUGGGCUGGAGAGCGCAGAGCUGGCUCGUGAGUGGGUCAAGUGCAUUGCUAAGGCAUUCGUGCCUCCCCUGGCUGAGGAUCUGCUGGCCCGGGAUUUUGAAAGGCUUGGGCGCCUACCCUACAAAGCUGGCCUGAGCCUACAGCGGGCCCAGGAGGGCUGGUUCUCCCUCAUCGGCUCCGAGCUCCAUGCUGUCUUCCCAGAGGGGCCCUGCGAGGAGCCGCUGCAGCUUCGGAAACUACAGGAGCUUUCCGUCCAAGGGGACAGCGAGAACCAGGUGCUGGUGCUGGUGGAGCGACGGAGGACGCUGUACAUCCAGGGGGAGCGGCGGCUGGACUUCACGGGCUGGCUGGGAGCCAUCCAGAAAGCAGCGGCCAGCUCAGGGGACACGCUGUCGGAGCAGCAGCUUGGAGACUCGGAUAUCCCGGUGAUUGUGUACCGCUGUGUGGACUACAUCACUCAGUGCGCUCAGCCCCACCCCUCUCCAGGCCUGACGUCUGAGGGCAUCUACCGCAAAUGUGGGCAGACAUCAAAGACACAGCGGCUGCUGGAGAGCCUGCGGCUGGACGCUCGCUCUGUGCGCCUCAAGGAGGGCGAGCAGCACGUGGACGACGUCUCCUCGGCGCUCAAGCGCUUCCUGCGAGAUCUGCCCGAUGGGCUCUUUACUCGAGUCCAGCGCCUAGCCUGGCUGGAGGCCUCAGAGAUUGAGGAUGAAGAGGAGAAGGUCUCCAGGUACCGAGGGCUACUGGCGCGUCUGCCCCCAGUCAACCGGGCCACGGUGAAAGCCCUUAUCAGCCACUUGUACUGCGUCCAGUGCUUCUCAGACACGAACCAGAUGAACACGCACAACCUGGCUAUUGUGUUUGGGCCCACACUCUUCCAGACAGAUGGGCAGGACUACAAGGCCGGCCGCGUGGUGGAAGACCUCAUCAGCCACUAUGUGAUGGUGUUUAGUGUGGAUGAGGAGGAGCUGAGGAAGCAGCGGGAGGAGAUCACUGCCAUUGUGAAGAUGCGUGUGGCUGGCACUGCUAGUGGGACUCAGCAUGCCGGUGACUUCAUCUGCACUGUGUACCUGGAGGAAAAGAAGGCGGAGACAGAGCAACAUGUCAAGAUCCCAGCAUCCAUGACAGCUGAGGAGCUCACCCUGGAGAUCUUGGAUCGCAGGAAUGUGGGCAUCAGGGAGAAGGACUAUUGGACCUGCUUCGAGGUCAACGAGAGGGAGGAGGCAGAGCGCCCCCUGCACUUUGCGGAGAAGGUGCUGCCCAUCCUGCAUGGGCUGGGCACGGACAGCUACCUGGUGGUGAAGAAGCACCAGUCCAUGGAGGCCAUGCUGCUGUACCUAGCCAGCCAUGUGGGCGAAACCAAGCACGGCAUGAUGAAGUUCCGAGAGGACCGCAGCCUCCUGGGCCUGGGCCUGCCCUCAGGUGGCUUCCACGAUCGCUACUUCAUCCUCAACAGCAGCUGCCUGCGGCUCUACAAGGAGGUCCGGAGCCAGAGGCCAUGGAGCGGGGCCCCUGAGACCAGUCACCGGCCUGAGAAGGAGUGGCCCGUCAGGAGUCUCAAAGUCUACCUGGGAGUGAAGAAGAAACUCCGGCCACCCACCUGCUGGGGCUUCACGGUGGUGCACGAGACGGAGAAACACGAGAAGCAGCAGUGGUACCUGUGCUGUGAGACGCAGAUGGAGCUCCGGGAGUGGUUCGCCACUUUCCUCUUCAUGCAGCACGACGGCCUGGUGUGGCCCUCAGAACCCUCGCGCGUGUCCCGGGCGGUGCCUGAGGUCCGGCUGGGCAGCGUUUCGCUGAUCCCCCUGCGCGGCAGUGAGAAUGAGAUGCGCCGGAGCGUGGCUGCCUUUACUGCGGACCCCCUUUCUCUCCUCCGAAACGUCUGAUCGCAGGUGGGACUCUGCCACCGUGAAGCCUUCGUGGGCAGACACCCUCAUGCCCUGCGUGCCUGGUGUGAGCCAGCAGGGGGCGCAUGAGGAAGCCGCAUCCCCAGACCCCUCAUCCUGACUGCAGCCUGGGGUUCCCUGGCCAGGACAUGGGGGGGCAGGCAGCAGGGUCUGCCUGAGGAGGAAUCCCUUACCUGCUCUGUCCAGGUGCUCAGCUCUCCUGGCCUGGCCUGCUCCCCACCCGGGCCACACACCCUGAGUUUAAGGGGUUGGAGAGAUGGGCAUCAGUGAGGCACUCUGGCGGACUACCAUCCUUUCAGAGGCUCAAGGCCCUGGGGCCCCCGCUGGAAGGGAGCCCACCCCUUUGCCACAGACUCCAGAACAGCUCUAAAGGAGCACUCAGCUGGGGUGGGGAGGGAGCUCUUGGGUAAAUGUAUACAGGGCUGAGAACUGGACUUGGGGGACUUUAGCCCCCCUUCUGGUCUGGGCUUACUGGGAGGGCCUAGGCUGCCCGGUGCCCCUUCCCCACUUU